AGUACUUUGCCCUCAGCCAUUUUCGUAAACGAUCAAUCGCAUAAUGACGUGAAAAGUGUCGGGAAUCUCGGAAUUUCUACACUUAUUAACAUCUUAUUGGUGCAGGGAUUGUGAUUGGAAGAAGAUGGUGGUCGGAGGAGGGGCCUCUGGUCCUGCAAGAGGCCCCGCUUGUAGCUCAGGGAUGAAUGCCAGAGACCUCGCAGAUAACGAUGAUCUAGCAACCAGCCUUAUACUUGACCCCUACCUCGAGUUCACCACACACAAGAUGAACACAAGAUUUCGGCCUGUAACGACACGGACAGAGCAUUUACGUUACAUCUUACGGAUCUUCAAGGAAGAUCAGAACUAUGAGAAGGCCUACAACAAGCUGAUGUCAUCGGGGGACUGGGCUAAAGUUUUCCUCUCUAACAAGUCUAAUUUUCAAAUACAAGUAUUCAAAGAACAUGUAUUCCGUUACCUUGGUAUGUUUGACCCCGAUUCCGGUUUCGAGAUAAAACCUUGCUAUCGAUAUUCACUAGAGGGUGCCGGAGGGAAGAUUGUUACAACAUGCCACUGGUCUAAGCAUGAGAAGAUUGAUAACUUGGUGGGGUGUAUUGCCGAGUUGACAGAGUUUGAGGAGAACACUUUCCUCAAGUCGGGAGAGAAUGAUUUCAGCAUCAUGUUUUCAACGCGAAAGAACUGUGCCCAGCUGUGGCUCGGACCUGCUGCCUUCAUCAACCAUGAUUGUCGGCCGAACUGUAAGUUUGUAGCUACAGGGCGAGACACGGCUUGCGUCCAGGCGUUGAGGGAUAUAGAGCCGGAGGAAGAGAUCACAUGUUAUUACGGAGAAGACUUCUUUGGGGAGAACAACUGUUAUUGUGAAUGUGAAACGUGUGAAAGACGACAGAGUGGUGCGUUCACCCCUAAGGGUUCUCCAGACAAGAAAAAAGAAACGCCAAAGUACAGUCUCAGGGACACCAACAAGCGGAUCAUGCGCCUCAAGAAACAAAAAAAGGAGGACUCUGGCACGGAGCAAAAUAAACCACCAAAGCACAUCUUACACAGAAGUGAUUCAGAAAGCAGCCUGAGCUCAACUAAUAGCAACACGGAAGCUUCCUCCAAGCAAGUACUAAGCACCACCAAACCUCGUUCUAACCGACGACCGCUGUCUCCGUCAAGGACAACCAAUCAAGCGCUAGUCGACAUCCUUGCCGAGCAGAAAUGUCUUUCAAGAUGCGAUGCGGAACUCAUGCUCGCAGAGGGCUAUAAAGUACGGAGUUCAAAUCCUGUUCCGUUGAAAGAGGCAAAGGUCCUCUUAACGCCACACAAGUAUGAAAAAGACAAAAGAGUUGUGGUUGCUGGUAGCAGUGGACGAUCGUUGCGAAGCCGAAGGAAACUUGAGAACGCCCUUGAACCAACCAGUAACCAAAGAAAGGAUCGUCAGUCGGGAAGGACUAGAAACUCCCCUUCCCGUGUCCAAAGGACAAAAGAAACCAAUGUAGUGAAACUGUGCAACCCUCCUGGACGGCAAGAGUCUGUCGCUUUGCGUUCACCUUUGCGCCAUUCUGGAAAUGCUGCAGAUUUUCCUCUGUCAGUUACAACUGAACUGCAGGUUGACACCAAUGAUCGGUCAAGGAAGAAGGUUGUUCUUCUUUCACAAUCAUUGCCUCGAUCACGAAGAAUGUCAGUGUCCCCAUCAACUGUGGAUUCUCCGUCAUUGUCACCAUCACAAAAACCGCAGUCGCCUCGGUCCGCAGUAUUGCCUGCAAGAACGUUAUCAUCCCUCCUCUCAGCUCCAUUGACCCUGACAAAUGCAUGUAGGACUUUGUCCAAUUCUAUACUUGCAGAGACCAAGGCUAUUUCAAUUCAAAGUGAAGACAAACUGACUGCAAAGUUAAAAGAGGGGGUGCAAUUAUCAUCAGACUCUGAGGCAUCGAGUGCAGGCACUCUGAGUAUGCCAAAGGACGAUGAUGAUGAUGAUGAUGAUGAGUUUAUAGUUGUCGACGAUGAUGGCGAUGAUACCGGUGAUGAAUAUAUGGACGCCUUGGAAUCUGUAUUCAGUACACCAAAGCUUGCUUGCCCAUCGGCAAAGGAAUGUGAAUCCGAAGAAUUAUCGGGCAGUGGUGACACAGCUCAGGGACCUACAAUAGAUGCAAGGAAAUCAAAUAGUGUGACUCAGAAACGAAUCAUGACGUACCAGUCUGAAAUCUCUGCAUGCAAGACUAAGCUGACAAUACGUGGAAUACGCCAACUGGUCUCACAACCAGUGGACAGUUCAUCGAAGACUGGAGGAUUGUGCAACGGGGAUCUACAGAGUGAAAGUGCAAGCCUAGCAAAAAACACAACACUUGGUAGCCUGACAAGGAGCACCCGAAAGAGGCAGCUGGGUAAAUCAGAUUCAGAGGAUGCAGCAAGCUGCAAAAGCCCCAAGAGUGAGUUGAAACCUACUAUUUUGAAGGUGCCACGUCUUAAAAUCCGUGUGAAGGACCCUAACGGGGACAUUGAGGAGAUUGUCACAUCAUCAUCAGAUGAGGAACGUAGUCCUCAACUGCAUCACAAGUUUAGCAGAAGACUUGAUGAUUCAUCAAGUGCGAAAGCAAACCUCUCAAGGAGAUCGUCUGGAAAGAGAAACUCUGUGCAAAAUCCCAAGAAAGAAACCAGAAAGCAAUCCUCCACGGGGAAAUCCGAGAUCAAACUAGGGACGAUGCUCGAGGGUAAGGGCAAUCAGACAAAGAAUGCACCUAGUCGUUUCCAACUUCCCAAUUUGAUUUCUAGUUCACAAGGAGAAAGACCAGAAGAGGCAUCCUCGGAGUCCAUAUCGCCGCCCGUACUCCCAAAGAUUGAUGACGACGAGGACCUCAUCAUCGAUGUCGAGGACGAGUUUGAAUUUCCCCUUCCUCCACUGGAACCGGAGGGGCAUGGCCUCUAUGCGUCAGUGGACGCGAUACCCUGUGGCAUCGAGACACAGAAAGUACGCUUCAAGUUCGGCCAGGAGUCGAUGCAAUUUCACAUGCCAAGAGUAGCUCAUUCCCAUCUUGAAAAACCCCAUUCAGUACCUUCUUGCUAAUUGUUAUAACUUAUUGCUUUUAAGGUAUUGUAAAUUCAUUUGUUUUGAUUCCCAACAGACCUUAUGCAUUGAUGUCAUAGCGCUGCCAUCUUAGAGGUCAGUGCCAUGGUUCACCAGUGCCAUUGCCUUGCGUGCAUUGGUGAUCUGCAGCUGGCGCAUCUUUGACAACUCUGUCUGCGCAUAUUCCUAUAUCCUCUGAGAGAGGGCGCUAUGAGGUUAUGACAUCACAUGCAUAAGGUCUAUUAAACGCUAGUGUGAUUUACCAUCUUGUUUUUCCUUGUAAUGUAUUCACUAAGCUGCAGUUUGUCAAUGAUUCAUGAAUGUUAAGCGAAUAAAAUUAGCAUAUCAGAAAUAUGGCUGAGGAGCCCUACUUCAUCCGCCUUUUUGCUGAUUACUAAAAAACAGGAUGAUAUUGAUCUAGGUCCCGUUUCAUAAAGACUUGUUAGUGCAUAAUUACUAUUAUAAGUCUACACUCAGCCAAUCAAAUUGAAUGAUUUCAGUAGCUUUAAACCGUUAUUGUAACAAGUUUUAUGAAACGGGGCCUGUGUUCUCUUUUGAACACACCAUAGCAAAGUACUCUAAAGCAGAUAUUUAAGUCAGUGUGUGAGAUGUUUGCAAAGAAAUUAAUUACGAUCAGUAAACAUGUUCCAUAGUAUGAGAAUUUUAGUCUACCUGUACUAACAAUCAGAAUGUACAUGUAUCACAGGAUUACUUAGUAUCAUAGUAUUCGACCCUUUAUUAACCCUUUCCGUUCUAUCUUUAUUUAAAGUUAUGUGCAAUCGUGUCUUUUGAGUUAAGUUUCAGUGUUCAACAUGUACUGGUACAUGUACGUGUAUUAGUGACUUGAAAUAUUAGCACUGUAUUGAUGAAUUGAAUUAUCUUGAGUAUGCUAUGUACUACAUGUAUAUUUGCCUGAGCACUCCCCCCCCCCCCUCCAUAAAGCAGCAAUUUGCUACUACAAUAAAGAGAAAAUAAACAUGUUCUCAUAUUUUUUGUCUCUGUAAUUAUUUUGCUACAAAUUGGUUGAUUUGAAUUGGUCACCUACAAAAGACUGUAAACUUAACAUAAAUAAAAAAAAAAUGACUAAACUUCUACCACCACUGAACAUUAAUUUGUUAAUGUCAUUGCCUUUUGUAAGCCCAUUUCCCCACCCUUUUUCAGAUAAACACAAAAUCAUGGAAGUGCUUGGUACAUGGUUUGCUAUUUCAAAAAGGGUCAAAGAAGAGAAUCGACUGAGAAUUUGACCUCUAUGUGAAAUAACCACCACCCCCUUGAUCCCUGUACAAAGACGCAUCAAUUCAGUAGUCAAUGAGACAGAUGAAAAUAUAGCAAGUUAAACAUAUCAGAAUGGUGACAUGAUGGUGAAUAUAAAGUUGUUCAUGUACACUGAAAUGAAAUUGGAAGACGAUCUUUUGAGUAGAGCUGAAUAUUCAGACAAUAAUAUUCAUAAUAGUAUGUCCAUUUAUAUAGUGCAGUUACUAUGUGCAUAUACUCAACUGCGCUUUGAUACUUGGUAUCAUAUUGAUAGGCACCAUAUUAAUAGGCGCUAAAGCGUUCAUGGAAAAAUCCUACUGGGUACCCAUUCACCUCACCUGGGUCGAGUGCAGCACAAUGUGGAUAUAUUUCUUGCCAAAGGAAAUUACGCCAUGGCUGGGAUUCGAACCCACGACCCUCUGUUUCAAAGUCCGGAGACUAAUCCACUGGGCCACAACGCUCCACAAUUCAAUGAACCGUCAUUAAUGGAUGUGUGUAACGUGCAUUACCUCCGAUGGUUUUAGCAUCGGAACUGACUGAUGCCUAAUCUUGUUGGUAGGACCAAGAUGAAAUGUUACUAAUUUUUUUACAAUGCACUGUUGCUAUGUUAGGCACACAUUUUCUAUCAAGGGAAUAGCUAAAGUAAGUUAUCGCUAUAGAUUUGUACAUGAAGUUGACCUACAAUGUGGAAAAGAAGUUGAUCAUGUAUAUGU